CAGAUUCUCAAAAUCGGAGGUUUGCAACUCCGAUACAUAAAAACACGCACCGGUAUUAUGGACUUAGUGAAAAUAAAAAUGCAAUUCGAAAACGUCCACGAUGAACCAAAAACGAUGCAUCGAGUCUUGGAGCUGUUCAGUGGGAUUGGAGGCAUGCACUAUGCUAUUCGAAGAUCCGGUAAACUAUUCCAAAUCAUGGCAGCGAUAGAUAUCAAUCCCGUUGCUAACAGCAUCUACAAUCACAACUUUGGUUUGGGCACUGCCAAAAGUAGUAAUAUCGUUGGUCUGACAGCGGAACGCAUCACCAAGCUAGGCGUAGAUGUGAUCCUCAUGUCACCGCCAUGCCAACCGUUCAGUUGCAAUGGGAACUUCAAGGACGUGGAAGACCACCGAGCGGAUCCGUUCGUGCACAUUUGCAACCUGCUGGAUAAGGUUCCCACCGUUCAAUUCAUUCUUAUGGAGAAUGUGAAGGGUUUUGUGCGGUCACAGGCGAGAGAGCUGUACAAAACACGACUCGGUGCCGCUGGUUUCCACUGCAAAGAGUAUGUUUUGUCGCCCCACGAUUUCGGAGUGCCAAACACUCGCCAUCGGUACUACUGUGUGGCCAAACGCGCCCCCUUCGGCUCUCCCGCUGGGGAUAUAAUCACCAGACCCAGUGUAAGGCAUAUGGUGCCGUUGAAAACCAUUGGAGAAAUGGUAGAGCGCGAGGGUGAGCAUUUGGACAUGUAUCUAGUUAAACUAGAAAUCCUGCGGAAAAGACUACCCGUGAUGGACGUUUGCACACCGGAAUCCACCAACUCAAUGUGUUUCACGAAAGCCUAUACACACUAUGCCGAGGGAACCGGGUCGGUUUAUAGUCCACUCUCGCGAGCGGAGUUCGAUCGCAUCUACAGCGACAUGAGGUCAGCCGACAGCGAAGAGGGCCGCAUGCUUUGCUUGAAAACGCUUAAAGUGCGUUACUUCACCCCACAAGAAGUAGCAAAACUGAUGUCCUUUCCGGAGGAUUUUAGCUUUCCGACAGGGGCAACUGAUAAGCAGUGCUAUCGAGUGCUAGGGAACAGCAUAAAUGUUCUGGUUGUGAGUUCGUUGUUUGACGAGAUUGAAUAAAUGCCUAUUUUCUGGAAUAUUUUUGCAUUCUAUUA